AGUAAGGGAUCCAGUUCCGGUGUCGUGCGUGGGCACCGCGGAAAUUAACAUUUAUGGUCGCUGAAGAAACCAGCUUGGUCUGUGUCUCCACCGAGGGAGGAAGCCUGAAGAAGAAUGGCCAGCUCCACUUCUCACCACAUGGUCUGUGGGUCAGUGACAUUUAGGGAUGUGGCUGUUGACUUCUCUCAGGAGGAGUGGGCCUGCCUGGAUGCUGCUCAGAAGGCCCUAUACAGGGACACGAUGUUGGAGACCUACAGCAACCUCGUGGCAGUGGUGGGAAGUUGCAUUUCCAAGCCCGAUCUGAUCGUCUUACUGGAGCAGCAGAAAGAGCCCCGGAUGGCUGUGAAGGAAGAAACAGACAGGCUGAGCCCAGAUUUGGAGUCAGAUUAUGAAGCUCAAAAAGUAUCUCCAGACAACCACAUAUAUACUAUAAAUUUACCUAAACAGACCAUAAAGCAUAUAAGUGAAACUUUUGAACUCAGGGGCCACAACUACUGGACAUUCAAGGGACUACAAAGUUGUCAAGAAGGAGUUGUUGAUCAAAAGAUUACUAACAAGGAAGAAAUGCCCACUUAUACCUGCCACACUCUUACUCACAAUAUAGAAAAUGCAUAUGAAUGUAAAGAGUAUGGGAAGUACUUUGGUUGUAGCUCAACUCUUACUCAGUAUCAGAGUAUUCAUUCUGUAGAUAAACCCUAUGAAUGUAAGGAGUGUGGGAAGGCCUUCAGACUCCAACAGCAUCUCACAAGACAUCAGAAAGCUCACAGUGAUGAGAGACCUUUUGAAUGUAAUGAAUGUGGUAAGUCUUUCAAGCAUGACUCCAGCCUUGUUCAACAUAGGCUUAUUCAUUCUGGCGUGAAACCAUUUGAAUGUAAUGAGUGUGGGAAAGCUUUUAAUCGUCGCUCAAACUUCAUGCGACAUCAGAAAGUUCAUUCUGGUGAGAGACCCUUUCAGUGUGAGGAAUGUGGAAAUGCCUUCACUGUUCUAGCACAGCUUAUGUCUCAGCCCCAGAACGUUCAUACUGGAAAUAAAUCAUUUGAGUGUAAACAAUGUGGAAAGAUAUUCAGUAGUGGCUCCUACCAUAUGCAACCCCAGAGUAUUUAUACCAGAGAGAAAGCCUUUGGGUGUCAUGUAUGUGGGAAGGCUUUUAGACUUCAAGUAUACCUUUCUGAGCAUCAGAAAACUCACACUGAUGAGAAGCCUUUCAAGUGUAAUCAGUGUGGGUCAGUCUUCAGACGUAAGUACCACCUUACUGAACAUCAGAGAAUCCAUACUGAUGUGAAACUAUAUCAGUGCAAGGAAUGCGGAAAAUUCUUUCGUCGACGCUCAAAUUUUACUGAGCAUCAGAGCAUUCACACUAAUGUGAAGCCUUUCAAGUGUAAGCUGUGUGGGUCAGCCUUCAGACUUCAGUCCUUACUUACUCAACAUCAGAGAAUCCAUACUGAUGAAAAACCAUUCCAGUGCAAGGAAUGUGGGAAAUUCUUUCGUCGAAGGUCAAAUUUUACUGAGCAUCUGAGUAUUCACACUAAUGUGAAGCCUUUUAAGUGUAAGCUGUGUGGGUCAGCCUUCAGACUUCAAUCCCUACUUAAUCAACAUCAGAGAGUUCAUACUGGUGAAAAACCAUAUCAGUGCAUGGAAUGUGGGAAAUUCUUUCGAAGAAGUUCAAAUUUUACUGAGCAUCGAAGUAUUCACACUAAUGUGAAACCUUUCAAGUGUAUGCUGUGUGGGUCAGCCUUCAGACUUCAGUCCCUACUUAAUCAACAUCAGAGAAUUCAUACUGGUGAAAAACCAUAUCAGUGCAUGGAAUGUGGGAAAUUCUUUCGUCGAAGGUCAAAUUUUACUGAGCAUCGGAGUAUUCACACUAAUGUGAAACCUUUCAAGUGUAAGCUGUGUGGGUCAGCCUUCAGACUUCAGUCCCUACUUAAUCAACAUCAGAGAGUUCAUACUGAUGAAAAACCAUAUCAGUGUAAGGAAUGUGGGAAAUUCUUUCGUAGAAGUUCAAAUUUUACUGAGCAUCAGAGUAUUCACACUGGAAAGAAACCCUUUGACUGUAAGAGAUGUGGAAAAGUCUUUAGACUUAAUAUACAUCUUAUUCGCCACCAGAGAUUUCAUAAUGGUGAGAAGGUAAAGAGUGUGGAGAAGCCUUUCAUCUUAAGAGCCAUAAAAUAGGGCCUGGAGAGAUGGCUCAGUGGUUAAGAGCACUGUCUGCUCUUCCAGGUCCUAAGUUCAGUUCCCAGCAACCACAUGGUGGCUCACAAACAUCUGUAAUGGGAUCUGAUGCCCUCUUCCAGUGUGUCUGAAGACAGCUAUAGUGUAUUAAUAUAGAUUAAUAAUAACUCUUUUAAAAAAGCCAUAAAAUAAUUUAUACAGAUCAAAAAUGUUUGAAUGCAAGGAAUGUGGGACAUCCUCCAAGCAUGUUUCUAUUCUUAUUUGACAGGGUUAUUCUUGCUGCUGUGAAACCAUAUGAAUGUAAUGACUGUGGGUGGGAAAACCUUUAAUUGUUCAAACCUCAUACAACAUCAGAAAAUUGGUUCUGAUGAGAGACUCAUUCAGGGUAAGGACUGUGGAAAGGGCUUCACUGUUCUGGCUCAGCUCACUCGGCACCAGAGCAUUCAUGCUAGAAAGAAGAAAUCCUUUAAAUAUGAGUAGUGCUGGUCAGCCUUCAGACUUUGUACCAAUUUAUUCAACAUCAGAAAAUUCAUACUGAUGUGAAUCCCGGUCAGUGCAAGGAAUGUGGAAAAGGCUUUGCUUGUGGUCCAAGCCUUAGAAGUCAUGAGAGAACUCACAAUUGCAAUUCACAUUGGUGAGAAACCUUACCAAUGUUAAGGAUGUAUAAAGGCCUUUAGUCAAAAAUCAAGCUGGUUGGGCUCUAAGAGUUCAUAUUAGUAGAAGCCUUAAGAAUAUAAAUGUGAAAAGGCCUUUAGCAAUAAUUCUAAGCUACCUAUAUAUUAGAAAAUUUAUACUGGUGAGAAACCCUAUGAAUGUAAGAAGUAUGGGGAAACACUUAGAAUUAGUUCAUCCUUCAAUGCAUAUUGGGGAAUUCAUACCAAUUUGAAACCUUGUCACUGUAAAGAAUGAGGAGAUAACUUCAAUUGGAGAUCAGGUCUUCUUCAACUUAAUAGAAUCCAUGCUGGUAUGAAACCUUACAAACACAAGCAUAUAGGAACAAAUACAAAUAGCAAAGCUCUUACAGCUCUUCAGAGAGGACAGGUAGAUCUGAAUCCUGUAAGUGCAAAAGCUUUUAUUGCAAAAGCUUUUAUUGUAAAUGUGAAAGCCUUUAUUGUAAAUGAUGUGCUUACACAAUAUCAGAAAAAUCCAUGACCAUCAGGAGUCCUGUGCUUGUAAGGAAUGUGGACAAGCCUUUGUAUGAAAACUUUACUGAAGAUCAGACUACUCAUAUUGUUAAGUCUAUGACUGAAAAGAUUGCCGGAAGAACUUUAGUAUACCUUUCGGUUUGGUCAACAUCAGAGUAUUCAUAUGUUCCUAGUGGAGAAAACCCUUUGAAAAUGUGAAUGUGGGAAGUUGACUGUUCAGAGGAGGUACUCUGUUGAGAAUGUCUUUAAAUGUCAUAAAUACAGGGCACCAGCAUUUUUUUGAUUUACUCUCCUCCAGUUAAUAAUCUUAAUUUAUCAAUCAUUAGUCACCUAGGACAGUCAACUUAGGAAGAGCAGUUAUUGGAACUAGGUUUAUCUGAGAUGCCUUCGUCGUCACCAUUAACAUCCCACUGCUCCUGUGAUACUAGACUGGAUGUUUACUUUGUUUUUGUUUAAUUUGUUAAUGGUUGGCACAGCACCAGCCAAAGUUGUAGCAACGGUUAUAAUAAAAUCCUUGAGAGUAUUGGUCAAUACUCUUGUUCUGUAAAGUGGCUUCUACAGUGUUCUUGCUUUCAUCGAUAUUAUUGUAACUGAUAUGAAAGGAUAAUUGUACUUUAGAUGGUUUAGAAAAGCCACGUACAUUCAUUCACUGUUAAAUUUUAACUAACUUCAUUUGGAUACAUAAAAUGGGUAAAGGAACAUGAAAGGAUUUGAAUUGUGAGUCCAUUGUGAGACGAUUUUUAAAAUGCAGUCAUUGAUAAAUAAGUACUUUAUAAAGGGGUUAAACACAUUUUUUAAAAAAUUCAUUAUUUAUGCCCUCUGCCCACACAUGAAGAUAAACAAUACAUUUGUGAUAAGACAAGGAAGUCCACAGGAUCGUCCAUCUAUAUUCUUGCUGAGGUCAUUUCAGGUUUGACUAAAAUUUACUUGAUGGAGAAUCUGGUAGAAUAUUACCCAGUUCUGAUCAAGGAACUGGAGUUCAAAUUGUCUCUGAUAAUUUAUCCUGUCAUAUGUUAAAUAGCCUGUGUCCAGCUAUCUGAUUAUCUUGGCUUCUUUUAAACUUCCAGCUUGGGCAAAAGUUCCCCCUGCAACUGUUGAACAAGAUAAUAGGAUGUGGGUUUUUUUUUGUUUGUUUGUUUUUGUUUUCGAGACAGGGUUUCUCUGUGUAGCUCUGGCUAUCCUGGAACUCAGCUGUAGACCAGGCCAGCCUCAAACUUAGAAAUCCGCCUGCCUCUGCUUCCCACCGCCUGGUAAGAUGUGGGUUUUGUUCUAAGUGCUUGGAGGUAUACUUGGGUCCCAAAUACCUGAAUGUACUCAGCGCUGGCUGGAAUAAAGACUUUCAGUUGGCUAUA